CCAACAUUGUCCUGAAGAGACCGGUCCGGUCCUUCUUGUUAUCCCCGGUCCGGACCUGUAUACCGCGAGAUCUCAGCACAAUCACUGCUUGGAAUUGUUGAAGGAUCAAGUCGGCCACCCGCCCUCGGAAUCUCGGACUUAGACGGUUACACCCGUGUGAGCCUGGUCCGCUUCGAGCCAUAGCUCCUUGUCUACUUAUUCUACCGUUUGUUCCUCGGUUCUCCCAUGAAAUCCGCUGCGGGAACCCCGGGUUCCGCCCCCUUUAUCAUAACCACAUCCCUUGCCAAACCCGAUCCGAAGACGCGCCGCUUGAUCCGCAGCCAUGUCAUGCGCGGCAAGAAUGAGGGCAAGUUUAGGAGCAGCAAGUACGGGCCGCGCCCGCAAUGGGUGACCUCUCCGAGAGAGGAUGUGGCUUCGAAGAAGGCUACGGGCACGCAGGAGAGAGUCCCGGACCAACCAACAAGGCAACCGAGACAGGAUGGUUGGGUACUGAUUUCGCCCCGUAAGAUCGCAACGGAGCUCUCACUGUAUGGGUUCGGUGGUGAUAUGCAGCCAUAUGUGCAGGAACUCAUCCACCGUGCAUUCACCAUCGUCAAACCAUCAAUGUACGCAUGGCCGGGCAUGGCACCUGCCGAUCCACAAGAGAAUCUGUUCUGCUUCGACAAUCUUGCCCAGCAUCCCGGGGUCCUCCACUCGACCCUCUUCGUCGCCCAGGCCUUCCAUGACUCGGCGGUUGGCAGUUCCGACGGGACAGUCGCCCAGCUCCACUUAUCCAAGGCCCUCUCCCACCUGCAACAAAGCCUGAACAACCGGAAAGAAGCCGUCCAACUCUCGACCAUGGCCGUCAUCACAUCCCUGGCCAUGGCGGCGGUCCUCGCGGGCGACCUCGAUACCGCGGCCAAGCACAUGGACGGCCUGUACCGCAUUGUCUCGCUGCGCGGCGGCCUGCACUCCCUGGAGCCGGGCAGCAUGAUAGAGCACAAGGCUCGCUCGAUUGACCUCGGUCUCGCAAUGGCCCGCGGCACGCCCCUCCGCUUCCUGCGAGACGACCAUCUCUCCUGGUCCCCUAACCUCCCACCACCAUUAUCGUCAUCACCCCAAACCCGAUCAUCAUUAUCACCCUUCUUCGCAGAACUCGACUCCAUCUUCCAAUCCCAGCCACCCUGUCGUCCCGAUCCACGCCUCCUAAACGUCUGGGCCGACCUGGGUGAGUUCUCCCGGCUGGUCAAUGACAAUAUGACAGCGACGGUAUCCUCCAGCAAGCUCACGGCGCUGGCGAUCUCGGUGCCGCACCGGCUGCUGCGCUUGAAACCACUACUAGUACUAGUAGGAUCCGGGCCGGAGGAGGAGCAUUCUUCUUCCCUGCACGAGUUGCUCCGUCUUGGCAUGCUGGCGUAUGCGAAGAUGCUGCUUGUCCGGUUGAGCGGGGUGGGGAGGAAGAUGGUUGUGCUCGCGGGGGGGUUGAAGGCGGUGUUGACUGGUUGGGAUUAUAGCUUGGGGUUGGGUUUGUAUGCUGUGGAUGAUGUAGGCAUGGUCAAUGGUUGCGAGGAGACGGUCAAGUUACUUCUCUGGGCUUUGUUCGUGGCCAGCAUGUCGAUCUUUGAGGAGUUGGAUCAGAUCUGGCUGCGGGAGAUGCUGGUGCGGACUGUCUCGGUGCUUGGGCUGCAGACCUGGGCCGAGGCAAGGGCAGCGCUGAAGGGGUUCUUGUGGAUCGAUGUUGUUUUUGACCAGCCUGGGCAGCGGGUGUUUGAGUGGUGUUAUGAAGUUCAAGUCAAUGGCUGAUAGGAAAGACAAGACACUGUGCUCUUUACUUUUCUUUUCGUGUGAAUCAUGCUGGAUCUACCAGACAUUAAUGUAAGGGACGAGAACCUGCGUUAUACUAAGGUAAGACUG